AUGUUUGAUAUAAAAAGGAGGCAAGAAAUUGCUCUAACAACUAAGAUUGAACUACAACAAACAAUCAAACAAACAAACGAGAAACUUAAUAACAUAUAUUAUAAAAAAAUGAGUACGAAAGUGCAAGAAACCGGGAUGCUGGAUGUAGGAACACAUUGCGCAUACUGUCGACAGAUAGAUUUCUUACCAUUUCAUUGUAAAUAUUGUGAUGGGGAUUUUUGUGCUAAACAUAGAUUAAAAGAAGAUCACCAUUGUUCGUCUUUAACAGAUUCAACUGCCGAACUCGAUAAUAUUGCGGUACAUAAAAGUGAUGGGGGCAAGUUUUUUAGAAGUUUAUUACCUCAAAGAUCUCAUAUUCGUGUACAAAAUUCCAGUUCUCCUAAUGGGAAUGGCAAUAAUAACGAUAAAUCGCCUACCAUUAAAUCGACUUUAAAUAAAACUUCAUUGGACAAGUUACUGAAAUUCUUCAAAUCAAGACAACGGAAACCGAUUAUUAAAUCAAGAUCAGCUUCAAAAGUUACACAGUUGGCACAAUUGAAAAGAACAGCUAAGGGAGACUCUAAGAUUCCAGAACAAAACAGAAUAUAUUUGUUUGCAACUGUAAUAGAUGACCAUGACCAUGAUACUAAUACAACGAACACCUCAAAAGAAAACGUUCAGGUGUAUAUCAACAAGAUGUGGCCCGUUGGGAGAGUUUUGGACUCUGUAGCCAAUUUAUUAGGUGUGAAAAAUAUAAACGUUAAAGUAGAUACUUCCCUAGGUGAAAAACUAUUUAUCUAUAAACAGAGAGGUCCCCAAGGUACAAUAUAUCAAUUGGAAACUGGGGCAAGAGCUGUAGAUACGUUUAAUAAUAUGGACAACAUAUACAUUAUUAGAGGCACAGAAGCAUAG